UGCUCCCUCAGCUGCUCCGGGGGCAGGAUGGAGCUGGUGGCCCCACGGCCACCGCCUCCGUCGCCGACCCCUCUGAAGGCUUACGGGACCAUUGAAGGGAAUGGGGAGCCACAGGGGCUGGCCCGAUCCCCGACCAAGAGGUCUUACCUAGCAAUCGGUGUGUUGUGCUACCUUAACCUGGUGAAUUACAUGGACUGGUUUGUUGUGCCAGGCGUGCUUCUAGAGCUGCAGAAAUACUUCAGCCUCGAAGACAGGAGUGCAGGCCUCUUGCACACAGUUUUUGUUCUCUGCUUCUUGUUCUCGGCGCCCCUCUUUGGGUAUCUUGGAGAUCAGUACAAGCGAAAGAUCAUCCUGAGUGCCGGAAUCGCCCUCUGGUCGGGUGUCACCCUCGGGAGCUCCUUCAUCCCGCACUCCAUGGCCUGGCUGUUUUUCAUCACGCGGGGCCUUGUGGGUGCUGGCACCGCUAGUUACUCCACAGUGGCCCCAACCAUCAUUGCUGACCUGUUUGAGAAAGACCACCGGACUUGGAUGCUUUCCCUCUUCUACAUCUGCAUCCCAGUUGGAAGUGGGCUUGGUUACAUCACAUCAUCCGGAAUGGCACAAGCUACCGGCCACUGGGGCUGGGGGUUCAGGGUCACACCUUGCAUGGGGUUUCUGGGCCUGGUCCUCCUCAUUGUCUUGGUUCCUGAAUCGACCCACCAUGCAGCUGAGACGCCCAAGGCCCAAGAGCGCAAAGGGAUUAAAGCCUGGUUCAAAGAUGUCAUAUCCCUCUGCAAAAACUGGAGCUUCCUGUGGUCCUCGCUGGGUGUGACGGCGAUGGCCUUCGUCACCGGGGCUCUGGGGUUCUGGGUGCCGGUGUUUCUCUCCAGAGCCCAGCGCCUCCUGGACUUGACGCCUCUGUGCAAGAGAGACUUGUGCGACAACUCCAACAGCCGGAUCUUUGGAGGAAUGACGAUUGCAACUGGCAUUUUGGGGGUCAUAGCUGGAGCCGAGGCCGCCCGGAGAUACAGGAAGAUCAACCCAAAAGCCGACCCUCUUAUCUGUGCUUUGGGCUCGCUCACCUCGGCACCGUGCAUAUACUUGGCUAUCAUCCUGGCCCAGGAGAGCACCGUGGCCACAUAUAUUUUUAUUGCCCUCGCGGAAUUCCUGCUGUCUCUAAACUGGGCCAUCGUGGCCGACAUUCUGCUGUAUGUGGUGAAGCCAAGCUGCCAGUCGACCGCCAUGUCCCUGCAGAUUUUGGUCAGCCACCUGCUGGGCGACGCGGGCAGCCCCUCCCUCAUCGGCAUGAUUGCCAUGGGGAUCCAGGACAAGCAGGGCGAUCACACCUACCUCUGGGAGUUCCGAAGCUUGCAGUACAGUUUUGUCAUAUGUGCCUUCGUCGGGGUCCUGGGAGGAGGCUGUUUCCUGCUGACGGCCUUUCGCAUCGAAGAAGAUCAGAAGAAAGCCGCAGAGCCACCGGGCCAAGGUGUGGAGAACAAAAGUUACGUCCCAGAUGGACAAGAAAGCGAGCUCCCUGCGGUGUAGGAUGGCUGGCUUCCCUCUGCGGCGAAGCCCACAUUGGAAGAAAGCGUCUGCGUCUCCACAUUUUCCUCCUGCAGGUGGGGUGGGUGCAACGGGCGUCUUCAUGCAGCUGCCAUUCCGACUGUGCUCCGAAUCAAAGAGCGCUCCUCCAGCCCCCCCACUCCCAAACCGCCCCCCACUCCCAAGGAUUUGGUGGUGGCGAAGCCAAGAGCGGCCAGGCAAAAGCUCUUUCUGCAAGAUCACCUCUGUGGACUGGAAGAAGCGGUCAGACAUGCGCUCAUUCCCCCGGAAAUGGGAUGUACGGCACCCCUUUCUGCUGCGCUGUGGCGUGGAGGCGCCUUUAAGUUCGACCUGGUGUCUUCAGGUUAACUAGAUCUUGGCAGAGCGGCUGGGAAAGGUCUCUGGCGGAUGCCUUGGGGAAGGAUGGCUGCUCAGGCAGAGCCAGCGGAGAGGAUGCGCUUGGGCCCUCAAUAUUCUUGGGCCGCUGAUGGAGUUUGCAGUACAACGAGUCCCGGAUGGUCGGAAGGUGCCUGCCCCGCUGCAAUGGCUGAGUUACCUGCGCCAGCUUCCUCUCUGUUCCUCCCGGUCUGCUGAGGAAACCCGAGGCAGGCGGCUGGCUGACGAGCGUUAGGCGCUUCGGCUUUGUGAAAGUGAGAUCACGUAACAAAAUUUGAACAGACGACCUAUGCACAUGCGCCUUCAUAAAUGCCCUUCCGGUCACGGCAGAACCUGCUCCUGAGUCAACAUGGAGAACCUGCACGGCAGAACCUGCUCCUGAUCCGGCCGGAUGGGGCCGGUGGACCAGAAUCAUCCGAGGGGCCAAAUGUUCCCCAGCCCCGGGGUGGAAAGUACUCAGCUAGAGGAGCGUGUGGCCCAGGUGGAUGGAGAGCCCGUCCCGGGAAAUUUCCCGCGCGUGUCCCGGAGAUCUUCGAUCCAAGCUGGACGAAGACCCUGUGUGGCUCCCAGCGCUGCGCCAAAGAGAUGGUCGGCCUGAUUCAACGUAAGGCGACCUUCCAGAUUGCGGAUGGGAAAGCUUUUCUUCUGGGCGCGUUCCUGGAGGAAGAUCAUCCACCUGAGCUGCAGGCUGCAGCUGGUGGCAGGUGAUACCUGGGCCAGAAUUGGGCUAGCGGCCCCUUCUCCCUCUUUCUGCCCCCCCCCCCACCGCAUGUUCCCACUGAGCUGCCUCUCUUGUCCACAGAGGGCUGCAUAAAAUUAGGCCGAGGGCCCCCGUUGAACACUCCCGCUUUGAGUGUUUGGAGCGUUCCCGGGGCAGAAGUCCUCAACUUAUUUCCGUCUAAAUGUGCACAGGAUUGUGCUUCAGCAGUUUCUGUUUAACUGCAGCGCACUUAAAUGAGCUGGUGCUGUGCAUGGAGGUGGUGAGAGCACUAAUGCCCUUGGGAAGCCACCAGGGGAGUCCUGCUGGCUCUUCACAGCCCAGUGUCUUGCUUCUGACAGUGGUCAGCUAGAGGCUUCUGGGUGGUGCAUGAGGGGAGGCUACGGGUUCGCUCAGCGUGACAUCCAAGCCCGAACACUUCUGCACAUGAGUGCGCAUUUAUCCUUCAGGGCUCCUGCCGCGACCAACCCUCUUCCAUUCCAUAAAUUUGUCCCUCGAAGCACACAUCCGUGCUCCCUGCCCUGUCCGCUAGGGAAUUCCUCUAUCCAGUUUCUCCACUCCAUAAUUCUGAGCCCAAUUUAAAAGACUGGUUUUGACUUUAAAGCCAAUUUGGUCCCAUUGUCUGGGCAACUGGUUGGUGAGUGCAUUAACAGAGUUCUGGCCGGAUCCAUCCGGGCUCUUCUUCUGUUUCACGCCAGCCUGUCCACACUUUAAGACCACCCACCUUUCUCACUUUCCAAGCUUUGAGGGCCACUGGGUGGGUAGCACAUACAGGAGGGCCGCGGACCCUUCCUUUUCCCCUGAUGUUUUACUAAACUGGUCUGGUUUGUAGCUCAAAUGGUUUUGCCUGCUUUUAGCACAAUCUAGCCCAGCUGUUCUGGUUAUUUUUAUGGUUUUGGGGUGUUUUAUUCUUCCAUCAGGCUAUUUAAUUUUUGUCAGCUGCCUCGGAUAGGCCUGUGCCUUAGCAGGGCCCAGAAUUCUUAAAAAUAAAAAAUCAUAUAAAUUC